UUUAAGUCUUCGACUUGAGUUCUGAAAAUGUCUCUGAUUCCAAGCUUCUUCGGCAACCGACGCAGCAACGUCUUCUAUCCAUUCUCUCUAGAUGUUUGGGACCCUUUCAAGGACUUCACUUCCUCUUCGUUGACGACACGAACUCCUGAAACAUCGGCCUUUGUCAACACACGGAUCGACUGGAAAGAAACCCCUGAAGCUCACGUGUUCAAGGCCGAUGUUCCUGGGCUCAAGAAAGAAGAGGUCAAAGUGGAGGUUGAAGACGACAGGGUGUUGCAGAUAAGAGGAGAGAGGAAGGUGGAGAAGGAAGACAAGAACGACACGUGGCACCGUGUGGAACGGAGCAGUGGGAAGUUCAUGAGGAGGUUCAGGCUGCCUGAGAAUGCCAAGAUGGAUCAGAUCUAGGCUGACAUGGAAAACGGUGUGCUCACUGUCACUGUUCCGAAGAUGGAAGUUAAAAAGCCUGAUGUCAAAGCCAUCGACAUUUCUGGCUAAAACAAUUGAAAUUAAACCACAGAUUGCUCUGUUUCAAAGUUAUGAAAUGUGUGGGUUCAGAUGAGAGUUUUCUACUAUGAAACUUAUGUUUGUGUAACUUUGUUUUCUACUAUGAAGCGUGUGGGGUGGGGUGGAGUGGAGUGAAGUUGUAAACUUUGCUAUGUAGAAAAUAAAAGAGUAAUCUUUCUUGUUAAUUCAUUGAGCUCAGUGUUUAUGAAAUUAUGGAUUUUGUUUA